AUGAACAAGCCAUCAACAUCGUCUCCACAGUCACCAAGCACACACAAGAUACUAAAGAAUAACAAUAAUAAUGGAUCAUCUCCAAUGAAUAUGGGAAGACACAAACAACCUAAUCAGAUGGUGCCAGUCGUGAUCAACACAGCAUCGUCAGCAUCGACCUCCUCGAAACCAAAGUCAUCCUUCCUCCCUGUCAAUCUGCCAAGCACACAGAGCGAAAGCGGAGGCGAGGAGAAGCUGCUGUCGACGACCUCGGUGUGGGGCGGCGCCGCUCUCCGACCAAACAGCACGGCCCCAGCCGGCUCUUCGACGUCAACGGUGGCUUCUGCCACGCCGCCCACGUCAAUCACCUCUGUGACCACGGCAGCAGCGAUUGUGUCAGCGGCGUCGACAACAGGCGUGGGUCACUGCCCCACCCCACCCAUCGCCAAUGACACGCCCACAACAGUCGCCUCACUUAUCGCCACGACUCUCUCGAUAAACAGUCCCAAUCUCGCGACGCAGUCUUCACUCCUGCCGUCUCCCUCUCCCAGCACUCCCGUCGUUGGAUCGACCACGCCACAGCUCUCCGAAGAGCCGCACUCGAAUGCCCAGUCGAACUCAUCGAUGAAGAACAGCACAGACUCUUUCACAAAACCAGCAUCAAUUGUUGACAAGGAUUUCGACAAACAAUCAAAGAUACAUCAUCAGCCACAACAACUGCAUCAGCAGACACAACAGCCAAGUCACUCAUCACCCGCAAGCACAACUGGAUCCAAGUAUGGUGGAAACUCACCAUUGAUACCACCAAUGACUUCGACCACCUCCACCAUCACCUCCACGACUUCCACCACCACGACCACCACCUCAAGCUCAUCGAACAUGGCCCCUGGCAGUGGCCUAUCUCCAAUGAAAGGUGGAGGAGUAGUGGCCCCCACAGUCGACCUCUUUUCGUUGGGCAACACCGAUUGGGCCGAGGACGACGAGGACCCCAUGGACUACUCCAAGCCCCUGGUCUUUAUCGACGAGAACAUUACCCAGGCCGAGGAGCGUGAGAAGGAGCUGAAGCGUCAGGAGGAAGAGCGCGAGAGGCAACGACAGCGCGAGGAGGACGAGUACAGAGAGCGCGUGCUCCAGGAGAGGCUGCGACGUGAGGAAGAGGAGCGACAACGUAUCGAGUUUGAGCGACAGGAGGACCUGAGACGCGAACAAGAGUUGAAGAGAAGAGAGGAAGAAUGGCUCCGUCAAGAGGCCGAGCGCAAGCGUGAAGAGGCCGAACGCAUCAGGCUUAAGCUCGAGAAACAAGAGGAGGACAGGAAGAUCGGUCGCGAGCGUGCUCUCAAGAAGCUGCAAGAGCUCGAUGAGAAGGAGCGUCUGGAGGAAGAGAAGCGAGAGCAAGAGCGUCUAAAGCUGGAGCGCGAAAGAGAGCUGCAGAGAGAGCGCGAGCGUGAGGAAGAAGAGGAGAGAUAUAGACAGCAGCAGAAGAAUAGAGGUCCACCCCAUCAGGGAGGAGGCUCCUACUCUUAUGACCAGCGCAACAGGCAGUACGAUGGUCGACGCUCGCUUCCCGGUUAUGUGCCUCAUGGUGGUAGUGGAUACGAUGAUAGGCGCGGCUCAUAUCAGUCCGAUGACAUGCAACGCAACAGACCGCCCUACAACGAUGACAGAGGCAACAAGAACUUUGAUGACAGGCCACCCCCUGCACACCGUUACUCCACUGGCGGCUACAAGUCCAACAAUUACAAUCGACAGCCUCCAUACGACAACGACCGCCCGAGAGAUAGAGAAUGGGGCGUAAGGGACCAACCACCACGCGAGAAGGACUCUGGAUUCCGACAGCAAUAUGAAGGAGAUAGGAGGUCGUCUGGCAGCAGGGGCCCAUCACAUCCUCAGGACGGUGGCUACCCACAACAGAGGCGAUCAUCAGAGAGACCUGGCUCGAUGGAGCGAGACUUUGACCGUAGUCCAAGAGACCACCCCCCUGUCCCCUCUGACAAUGCUCCCUAUCGAGAGCCAAGGCCAAUGGGCGGCCCCCAUCAACAACCCCCACACUAUGACCACGACGAGCGUGAUAGGUCGGGACCUAGAGACCCGCCUGACAAUUGGCACGGAGGAGGAAGCGGAGGCUAUCCACCCAACAAGAGGCCUCCACAAUCCUUUGCACAUGGUCCAUACCCUUCGCAUCACGACGACGACAGGAGGGAUAGAGAUAGAGAUAUUGAUCACGAGGGUCGUGGUGGCGACAGGGACCACUAUGCCCCACACUCAUUUGGACCAGGUAGCUACCAUCAUCCAAAGGAUGGAAGACACUUCCCAACCGAUGAUAGGAGACAACCCUAUCAGCCUCAGCAGCCGCACCAUAAUCAACAGCAGCAGCCGCAUCACCAGCACAGUCAAUAUCGCCAGUCAUACCAACCUUCACACACACAGUCUCAAGAGCACCCGCCAUCAAGGAUCUUGUCCAGAGACAAGUCACUGGGUGACACCACCAGGAAGAACCAGCAGGAGCAGUCAUCAUCUGCUGUGGCACACGAGCCAAGGUCUUCGCCUCUCCAACAAGAGUCAUCACAACAACAAGAACACCCAACCACAUCCACCACCUCGACAACUUCGACAACCACUACCGAAUCCAAACACACACCGGUCGCGAUCACUCCAGCACUUGAGACACCAAAGUCGUCGGAGCCCGAGCCAUCAACUAAUCCUGUGGAAGGAGAUGUUGCUGAUCAGAAGCGUGACAUUGUAGAUACGCCACAACAACCACCCAGACCCCAACAACAACAACAGCAGUCGAGCAACAUCAAGAAGCAAUACAACAACAACAACAACAGUAACUUCAACCAGCCGAGGGGUGGUGGAGAUAGGCCAUAUAACAAGUACAACAAGAAUGACCAUCACCAGCCACAACAUCAACAACAACAACAGCAUCAACAUCAGAAUCAGUACAACUCCGACCCACAACAACAACAACAACAACAGCAACAUCAACAGCGCGACAACAACAACAACAACAAUAACAAGUUCGACAGGAAGACACAGAUCUUGAAGAGAGAGAAGUCAAGAGAUGAGUUUGUAAAGAAGGAGCACAUGUCCACAAUGGAGCAUCCAUCUUCUCAACAGCCUCAACCAAUCCCUCAACAAAACAUCCAUCAGCAGUAUCAGCCGCUGCAGAAUCAGCAUCAGCCACUGCAGCAGCAGCAACACCUACAGCAGCCACUGCAGCAGCAUCUGCCAUCUCAGACAUCGACCACCACUACCUUGUCCUCAUCAGGACAAGGCAGUGGCACAUUGCCUAGGAGCAAGUCAAAGGAUUGGAACAGGAAGGAUCUUGUGUCCAGCACAGACAGUUCAAAGAGCAACGAUGACAAGCCCAAGAAGAGGUUCGAUCAGAGGGACAACAGAGACACCAAGGAUAACAGAGACAACAGAGAUAUCCGAGGCAGUGGUAGCAGUAGACCAGAGAGAGAGGACAGGCCACCAGUUGAUAACAAGCUAGAUCGUAGUGUUGACAGAACUGACAGCAGGAGUGAAAGGACAGGCGACAAGGGCCCACGCGGAGAGAGGAAGCAGAGCAAGGAUCGUAGUGGCUCCCAGCAACGUGAUGGUCAAUCAGGUCCCAAGGACAUGAAGCGCUCAGGCAGCUUCAAGAGCAGCGGCACCUACCAGAAGAAGGACAUCGAUGCAACCAAGUCCGAUGAUUCUAAUCCAUCAUCCAAGCCAGCACAGAUCGUUGAGCAAACUGUUUCACCACCCCAGCCGACCAUCAACGCGUGGAUUGAGAAGCCAUCGUGGGAUAAGGUGACACAGCCCCAACAAGAAGCUGUAAAGUCACCUCCAUCAUCCUCAUCUUCACAAUCGACCAACACCUCUGCUGCCGGCGCGUCAUCCACAGUCUCGAACAACUCACCCAAGCCAGGACAUCAGAGCAAGUCGUCCAACAAGGACAGGGAUAGACAGGAUAGGGAUAGACAAGACAAACCCGACAGACCUGACAGCAGAUCUGACAACAGAGCUGAUGUCAGUAGUAGCAAACAAGAUAGACCCGAGCGAACCGAUCGACCUGAUAGAGAUAAUAGGGAUAAAGGACAGCGAACAUACAAACAGAGAGGUUCAUUUGACUCUCAACAGCAGCAACACAAGCCACAACAAGAGUCCCAGUCACAACAGUCACAGCCACAGCAGCAGCAGCAGCAACAACCACAAUCAUUACCAAAUGGUGAGGUUGGAUUUGGCGCCGGCAGUGGUAGUGGCAGCAGUGGAUACAAGAAGAAAGGCGGUGGUGGCGACCAAAAGAAGAAGCAGCACCAGCAGCAUCAACAACAGACCUAUGUGGUCAAAUCAACAGGCUCCCCAUCUCCAUCCUCCUCCUCCUCUACUCAACAAUCAACCUCCUCGAACGCUUCACCCACUAUAUCAACCUCCUCGUCCGACAAGUCGCAGCAACAGCAACAACAGUAG